AUGAUCAGUGUCUUAGCUGGUAUAAGAUAUGCGUUUUUUGCGCUGUACAUUAUUUGUUCUGGUGUACUCGUCACUGCCGCUUCAUGGCAUCUUGGGCUUGCUAAAUCAAUCGGGGCCCCCAAUCAGCUUGAUGCGUACCUUAUCUUCUUGGGGGCUUUCGGACUCCUUUUCGUCCUCGCAGUAGCUUUCAUCGAUACUCUCCGCAAAUACGCCGUGACAUCUACCGUGUGGUUCGAGCUCUUAUGGGUCGGAUUGUUCUGGGUUUUCUAUCUCGCUGGUGCCUCAGCAGCCACAGCCAUCGGCCCACCAGCGUUUUGCGAAGUUUCGGUUCCCGCUAACGCCCUGGGCUGGCGGGACGCAUGUACUGCUAUUCGGGUGAUCCUGGCUUUCACAUGGAUCGGUACAACCCUCUUCCUCAUCCACCUUUUCACUCUCCUGGUUCUCAGUGUCCUACACGCCCCUCAGGCACCAGGGGUCUGGCAUUCAGGCGUACGCGAUUUUCCAUGGCUUGAUUUCGUAUCUCGCCCUUCAUUCCGCAAUUCAGUAAGUGCAAAUGGUGGUGUACGUAUGGGAAGCGAACCGAGCAGCCCCGCCAAGUAUCACUACGAGCGUCGUAUGGCGCAACCAAACGCCGCACCUGUGUCUGUACAGCCUGCCGCACCUAUCCAUGCAGCAAUGACGAAUCGUGCUGUGUAUCCUUCGCACACCCCCGAGCAUUAUCCGACGCAUCCUUAUGCAGCAGCAGCGGUUUCUCGCCCAGCUCCCGUGCAUGACGUUGAGGCAUCGCAGCCAUAUCAAUACCGACCUGAACGUGAUCACCAAGCAAAGACGCAGAGCCAGGCAAUCGUAGAGCAGUUCCGUGCUGGCCAAGGGUCGACUCACCGGAAGCCCGUGCCUCAACAAGUGCAAUCGACGAUUGUCCGAGCGCUUCCUCAGCUGCCAUCAGGCAACGAAGUGGUAUCACCGCGGCCACGUAGGGCGAAUUCUGGGCUUACCGAGGAGCAAGUUAUGGGCGCCUCUCAAGCUUCUUCCAGCCCUCAGUCGUAUCAGCAAAACCAGCCUCAGUCGUUGUACCCAAUGCAGGUGCAGUCUGUCAUGGAGUAUGCUACUUCAGCGGUAUCCUAUCCGAGCGAGCCACAGCCCCUCGGUAACUGGCCCCGCCAUAAUCCACCUGCAGAUCCUCGACGAGAGCGCAACGCUGCGCCUCCCCCGUUCCAGCGCGUUCCUACCAUCAUCCCAAGUUCAGGACCCAUGAAUGCUGCUAGUGCACGGGAGCGUGUCGCUAGGCGUACGGACAGCGCCGAUUCAGGAAGUAGUAGCGAAGGAAGUCUGGAUAGCGAUGGCGUCCCCCGGAGAAAAGAUGGGCGACCCAAGCACCGCCCACCUCCUUUGGAUUUCUCGAAGCUAAACGCCGGUCGACGAUAG